UGCAAGUCCCAUCCCCAACUCAACUCCAGCCUUCACACACAACAAGACCUUCUCUAGCUAGGUAGCUUGCACCCCAUCCCAUCCCAGAGCGCCCUGACUUAGACGAGGAGAUUGGCGACCGGCGAUCGGUGGACCGGCAAUGGCGUCCUCUGGGCUGCUCCUUCUCCUCGGCUGCCUCGCGUCGGCCCUGCUCGCCGGCGCCACCAAAGUGCACCACCACGAGUUCAUCGUCCAGGAGACGCCGGUGAAGCGGCUGUGCGAGGAGCACAACAUCAUCACGGUGAACGGGCAGUUCCCGGGGCCGACGCUGGAGGUCCGGGAGGGGGACACCCUGGUGGUCAACGUGGUGAACCGCGCGCAGUACAACGUCACCAUCCAUUGGCACGGCAUCCGGCAGUUCAGGACGGGGUGGGCGGACGGGCCCGAGUUCGUGACGCAGUGUCCGAUCAAGCCCGGCGGCAGCUACAAGUACCGGUUCACCAUCGAGGGCCAGGAGGGCACCCUGUGGUGGCACGCCCACAGCUCCUGGCUCCGGGCCACCGUCUACGGCGCCCUCAUCAUCCGGCCCCGGGAGGACAAGCCCUACCCCUUCGAGAAGCCAUCGCGUGAGGUGCCCAUCCUCCUCGGCGAAUGGUGGAACGCCAACCCCGUCGAGGUCAUCCGGGAGGCGCAGAGGACCGGCGGCGGGCCCAACGUCUCUGACGCCUUCACCGUCAACGGCCAGCCCGGCGACCUCUACAACUGCUCCCGCGAAGACACCACCGCCAUCUCGGUGAAGCCCGGGGAGACGGCGCUGCUGCGGUUCAUCAACUCUGCGCUCAACCACGAGCUCUUCGUCUCCAUCGCCAGCCACAAGAUGACGGUCGUCGGCGUCGACGCGUCCUACACCAAGCCGUUCGUCACCUCCGUGCUCAUGAUCGCGCCGGGCCAGACCACCGAUGUGCUCGUCACCAUGGACCAGGCGCCCACGCGCUACUACAUCGCCGCGCGGGGCUACGUCACCGCGCAGGGCGUGGCGUUCGACAACACCACCACCACCGCUAUCCUCGAGUACGACUGCGGCUGUACCACAGAGUUGGGCCCCACCAUCCCGCCGGCCUUCCCGACCCUCCCGGCAUUCAACGACACCGGCGCCGCCACGGCCUUCUCCGCGGGCAUCAAGAGCCCACGGAAGGUCGAGAUCCCCAGCCCCGUCGACGAGAACCUCUUCUUCACCGUCGGCCUCGGGCUGUUCAACUGCGAGCCGGGGCAGCUAUGCGGCGGGCCGAACAACAACACCCGCUUCACGGCCAGCAUGAACAACGUCUCCUUCGUCUUCCCCAAGGCCACCUCCCUCCUCCACGCGCACUACUACGACAUGCCGGGCGUGUUCACCACUGACUUCCCGGCCUACCCGCCGGUGCAGUUCGACUACACGGCGCAGAACGUCAGCCAAAGCCUGUGGCAGCCGAUUCCGGCGACCAAGCUAUACAAGCUCAGGUUCGGCUCCGUGGUGCAGGUCGUCCUGCAGGACACCAGCAUCGUCACGCCGGAGAACCAUCCCAUCCACCUCCACGGAUACGACUUCUACAUCCUCGCCGAGGGCUUCGGCAACUACGACGCCGAGAAGGACGCCGACAAGUUCAACCUCGAGAACCCACCUCAGAGGAAUACCGUGGCGGUGCCGGUGAACGGCUGGGCGGUCAUCCGGUUCCGCGCCGACAACCCGGGGGUGUGGCUCAUGCACUGCCAUCUCGAUGUGCACAUCACCUGGGGCCUGGCAAUGGCGUUUCUGGUGGAGGACGGAUAUGGCGAGCUUCAGUCCCUGGAGGCGCCUCCAGUUGAUCUUCCAAUGUGCUAAUCACCAGCAAAAAGAUACGAUCGAUAUUCAAGGCUGCCCACGUUCUAUUAUCGGUUCCUGCCAUUUAGGGGGGGUAUUUGUGAUCUUUAUUUUAUACUUCUAGGGGGGUUGAUUUUCCAUCAUGCUUUGUAACUUUCCCCUGUAAAUUUGCGUAUUUUCAGUAAUUCAUCAGCUUAUUAUUUGAAA